ACUCCUGUUUCCUCCCACAUUCCAAAAACAUGCGCGGCAGGCUAAUGAAGCACUCGAAAUUGUCCCUAGGUGCCAGUGUGAGCGUCGAUGUUUGUUCGUCUAUGUGUGCCCUCCGAUUGGCUUACCACCAGUUCAGGGUGUACCCCGCCUCCUGCCCAAAGACAGCUAGGAUAGAUUCCGGCACACCCGCGACCCUUGAGAGGAUAAGUGGAUCCGAAAAUGGGUGGAUAGAUGGAUGACUUAUUUGUAUAAUGCUAAAUAGCUGCCAAAAAGAAGCCACUCGUGAGCACGACAAUGCAUUUUCGAGCCUGGUGUGCAAAUGUGAAAAUGUGUCUCAUAGGGGUCAGAUCACAAGACUGGUUUUAACAUAAAAUGUAUAAAACGGUCGAACUUUUUUCAUUUUUUACCUGACAAUGCAAUUUUGGAGCCGAAAAGUAUGAGGGCGUGGCUCAGGUUCCAAUUCAAUUGAACUUAUUCUCUUUAUCGCCUUGUAAUGAAUCAUUGACAAACAAACCUGUGGUUUAUGCGCUUUUGUGACCGCCUCAUUGUUAGCUUUGGUGUUUACUGAUAACCUGAUGCGUGCAGUGGGUUUCGCUGCGCAAACAAAAACCCCCAUCGACACACACGCAUUCAUGAAGACACAUAUUUCCGAUGUACUAAACAGGCCUUGUUCAAACUUUCCAGCUGACUUUAGACUGCACUGUAUCUCUCCACACAAGUCAAUGAGCUUGAAUUGUGACAUUGCCAAUGUAACAACGUGCUCUUCUUUAAGGAUGCCUUUAGAAUUAGGACUCUCUUCGAGUUGGUCAUAAUGGAAUCUUUUGAGUGGUGUAAAAAAAAGAAAAAAAGGCUGAGGGCUUUGAAUGGUCCCAGUCUGCCACUGGUUAAAGGGGGAUUCAAACUGUGUUUAAAUGGGCUUGUCAGAAUGGAGGCUUUGUAGUUUCAGGUCCACAUCCCCUGAGAUAAUGCGGCCAAGUGGAACCGUGUACGCGGACCACCUGACCGUGUUACUUCAUCAAAGUUCCAAUGUAACUUCUCCAUUUGCUUGAAACCAACUUGUAAUGUGUUCUGCUUAACAAGGCCAGUAAGUCAUUUGUGUCCCUUCAAUGUUUUUGAGAUUAGGUUCUGUCACUAAUAUUGUGGGCCAGUGAGUGAAUUGUCAGUGAGCUGCUGAGCUGGGCGUGGUCAGCUAAUUGUCCUUUUGGAGGAAGAGGUACCCAGAUACCAGUUAGUUGGGCGGAAGGGAGGGUUUCAGCGGUACAAGGUGGCUUUUGUCUCCUAUGAGGAAGGUAACCUGAGGUUAGGACUGGGAAGUCACAGUUAUACUGUGGCGCUUUGAAUGUGCAGACGAGGGGCGGGGAGGGCGUCCGAACGAGAGGCUACCUGUUGUUGUGAUUGGAACAAGAGCAGCAGCUCAAGAGCAGUCAACAAGCCUCCUUUGUGGAUAUUGAGUUGGACUCUAGUUUUCGUACUGGAGUGGACUCGGAGCUGCCGAGUACCGUGGGACUGGAGAGGAUGGACUUGGUUGAGCUUGAGAAGAAACAGGUGCGGGAUAAACUUGUCAUGACAAAUUGCACUCAUGAGGAGAAACGACAGGGCAGAAAGGGAAGGCGUAAGAUGGAGGUUGAGUCAGGAUCCGUACACGAAGAGGCAGGAAGACGGCCAAAGUGUCUACAAGUAGAGCGUUGCCGUGGCUCCAUGCGGGCGUGUUUGCAGCCUGUACGUGGGAGCUGGGAUCGUGUAUACAUCUCCCUGGAGGAGGUUGAAAAAUACUCCAGAUUUUCCCGCUACUGCCAAUGGUUGUGUGAUGAGAUCAUGCAAUUGGACAGCAGUCCCCUCCGUGCUGCUGACAUCACUCCUGAACUCAGAAGGCAGUUCGCUUUUCUUUCAGGCGGCAGAGGAGACAAUGGCAGCCCCAUCAUCGUGUUCCCAGAAUUCCCAUCCUUCGGUGAGAUCACGGACAGAGAAUUUCACAAUGUGCUCACCUACCUGACAAGUGUACCCAGUUUGCCAUCAACGGACGUGGGCUUCAUACUCGUUAUCGAUCGUCGGCAGGACCGAUGGGCGGCCGUCAAAGGGACCCUGCUUCGGAUUGCGGGCGCGUUCCCUGGAAACCUCCAGCUGGUUCUGGUCCUGAGGCCCACCACUGUCCUCCAAGGCGCAAUUUCCAACAUCCUCUUUAAGAUAUACAAGGAUGACUUCAAAAUGAAAGUGCCUGUGAUCAUGCUGAACUCGGUGAGUGAGCUUCACUCCUACGUUGACCACACGCAGCUGAGCCAGGACCUCGGGGGAACGCAGGCGUACUGUCACGAGAAGUGGAUCACUCACCGUACCGCGAUUGAGGGCUUUGCAUUGAUGGUGAAGAAAAUGGCCCAAACCUUGCAGUCGUUCGGCACUGAGUUGGCUGAGGCAGAACUCCCCAAUGAGGCUCAGGCCACCACUCUCCUCCUCAGUGCACACAGCUGCAAAAAAGACCAGAUGAAGGAUGAUCUGCUGGUGGCUCUGAGCCAAGGCGGCAGGCUGUUGGAGAGCAUCAAUGAACCCCUGAAGCACAACCCUGACCACAACAUGAACCAGGAUGAACUGGAGAACCUGGCAACAGUGCAGAGGCUGCUGUCCCAGUUGGAUGAGACCGAAAGGGCUUUUGAUGAGUUCUGGGGGAAGCACCGAGCCAAACUGGAGCAGUGUCUCCAGCUGCGCCACUUUGAGGAUGACUACAAGGAGGUGAGACUUCUGCUCGAUCGGCUGUCUGAGAAGCUGAACACCUUCUCUGAGGUGAGGAUCAGCCACGCCCACGCUGACCAUGUCCUCAGUGAUCUCAGCGCCUAUGAGGAGAGAGUCUGCGAGGCAUUGGACAGAGCUUUGGCUUUGGCCGGUGAAGGCGACGACCUCGUCCAGAAGGCUCACUACGCUCAGGAUUCCAUUGUGCCGAAAAGCAGUGAGCUCCGAGCUCUCUGUCAGGAACUGAGUGACAACUUGAAGGCGAAGAAGGAGCUGCUCCUCAAAGCCCGAGAGCUGCAUCGCUGCUUGGAGAGAGCUUCAAAGUGGUGCGACGAUGGGAUUUACUUGCUGGCCUCUCAGCCCGUGGACAAGUGUCAAUCACAUGAGGGAGCUGAAUCAGCUCUGCAAGAGCUGGAGGGGUUUCUGGCGGACGCAGGACAGGACCGACUGUCGGACCUGAAUAGCAUCUGGACGGAUUAUGAGGCAGUGCUCGACCAGCACCUCAGGGACCAAGUGGAGAAGGUGUUUCAAAAGCAGGCGUCAAUGCAGGAGAUGUUUGACAAGAGGAGGGUCAGCCUGAACAAGCUGGCAGCCAAGCAGACCAGGCCAGUGCAGCCGGUGGCACCCAGACCCGAAGCCUUCAUCAAAUCUCCUCUCAGUUCACCCGCCCACCGAGGUAAACUGGAUCGAAGCCGCUCUGAGGGGAACAACGAAAGCUGUGACAAAGGAGAGAGGCAACUGCUGAACGGAGAGGGUAAACAUAGACACGGCUCGUUGUCGGAGGAGGAGGAGAACCUGGCAGUGCUCAGAAGGCACGUCAUGAACGAGUUGCUGGAAACGGAGAGGGCUUAUGUGGAGGAGCUGCUGUGUGUCUUACAGGGUUAUGCCUCUGAGAUGGAUAACGCAGCCAUGGCGCACCUCAUCCCUCCCCAUUUACAGAACAAAAAGGAGGUUUUGUUUGGCAACAUGCCAGAAAUCUACCAUUUCCACAAGAGGACGUUUCUCAGGGAGUUGGAGCUGUACGCGGACUGUCCAGAGCUAGUUGGGAGAUGUUUCCUGGAAAGGAUGACAGACCUGCAGAUCUACGAGAAGUACUGUCACAACAAGCCUCGCUCCGAAAGCCUCUGGAGGCAGUGCUCAGACUCGAUCUUCUUCCAGGUACUGUCAACACAUGCCCGUUUGUUAAUUCUUUUGCUUGAGUGUUUGACGUCCUUAUUUAACAAUCUUCACCAGGAGUGUCAGAAAAAGCUGGAGCACAAACUUGGCUUGGAUUCCUAUUUGCUGAAGCCUGUGCAGAGAAUUACCAAAUACCAACUGCUGUUGAAGGAAAUGCUAAAGUACAGCAAGGGCUGUGACGGAACAGAUGACCUGCAAGAGGCUCUGACGUCCAUCUUGGGCAUACUGAAGGCUGUCAAUGACUCCAUGCACCUCAUCGCCAUUACAGGAUAUGAGGGCAACCUGAGUGAGUUGGGCAAGCUGCUGAUGCAGGGAUCGUUCAGCGUGUGGACGGAACACAAGAAAGGCCACGCUAAGGUCAAGGACCUGGCGCGCUUUAAACCCAUGCAGAGACACAUCUUCCUGCACGAGAAGGCCCUGCUCUUCUGUAAGCGGAGGGAGGAGAGCGGGGAGGGUUACGAGAAGGCGCCCUCCUACAGCUUCAAGCAGUCACUCAGCAUGAACGCUGUGGGUAUUACCGAAAACGCCAAGGGAGACAACAAGAAGUUUGAAAUCUGGUGUAACUCCAGAGAAGAGGUCUACAUUGUGCAGGCACCAACGGCUGAAGUGAAAACAACCUGGGUGAAGGAGAUCAGGAAAGUUUUGACAACUCAACUGGAAGCAUGCAGAGCAAGUCAACAGAGGGCGCCAGAUCAGAUUACCCAAUGUCCCCCGGUGGCAUCAGCACCAGAGAAUUUUAGUCCAUUCAAGAUGCGACAGAGGAGUUUGAAGAAAGGAGACGAGAGGAAAACAGAACACUGCAGCUUUGACGCCAGUUCCUCUCCUUCGCCGAAGUCAGCAGGAAAAGAGAGAGCUACAAGCCCAACCUCAGACAGAAGUGCUGCAGCUAAAAAGCGCUUUACUUUACAGGGCUUCAGUAACCUCAAAGCUCAGAAAGAGCCGCCGAGCACAGAUGAUAAAAGUUUCACCUUGCCCAUCACCAUUUUGCCAUGUCCAGGAUCGCCGACCAGCCCGGAUCACAAGACUAAGCGUCAGAGUGACCCGACGCCAUUCGGCUUUCAAGGCUGGAACAAGGCCUCUCUCUCGAUAGACGCGUCGGAGGAGCACGAAGGCUACUCCAGCGGUGAGGAUCCUCUCAAAUCUGACCCAGAGGACGACAGCGCCAAGAAGCUGUACACCGGUAAAUACACGGCAACGGGCGACUACGAGAAGGUUUCCAGUCAAGAGGUGGCGGUGAAAAGCGGAGAUGUAGUAGAGCUGGUGAAGGAGGGGGAGAAUGGACAGUGGUUAGUGCAUAACCUGAACACCUCCACAGAGGGCUGGAUGGCCACUGCGAAUUUGGUUAGCCUCAUUGCAAAGUCCAAGUCGUGCCAGUCACUCACCAGCUCAGAAGGCAGCGGGUCAGGACACCUCAGCACAUCAUCCAGUUGCAGCGAAACCUGCACGCCUUUCACAGACGUCAAAUCCUGAGCUGGCCAGCACCUCCCUCGUGUGGGUCCACGUCACUCUCUCCCUCCUAAAUGUCUUGUGGCUGUCUGUACCGUCUGUAUAUGCUAACAUUGAUAUCUACCAUUAAAACCAGCAUUUUUGUUUUCUAUCAUCCACACAAAAGCACCUUGUGUCCCAAACAGGAAGAACAUAGUUUAUUUUAAUGGCGUACGGUAUUCCUGUAUGUCAAGAUGAUGUUAUAGAUGUUAACGGGCCAGCGGGACUGAUCUCAGUUAAUGCAUCUAUCAGUGCAUGUGGACCAACCCCAUCACAUCACACAGAAGCUAAUUCCACUGCGAGAGCACAUGUCAAAGGUUGGCAGUUACAAACAGCUAAUUUAGCUGCUGUAUUACAUAUGUUAUAUUUAUUUGUAAGAAAUGCAACAAAAACACAAAUAUUACUUUGGUCACUUUCCCUUCUAAUAUCUUAUUUUUCUACUACUUGUCCUCUGUUAUUAGAAUAUUUUUCCAUCAUCCAUUUGUGUGUUACUGUUCACCACAGUCUACAAAAAGAAAAUGUGGAUAAGCAGGUGACUUGACUUGUAUAGCGCUAACUUAUUCCUUUCAUGCUCUGAAUGUAGAUAUUGUUUAUUAAUGCCUGUCAUGAGAUAUUUAUUAUUGGAGCUGCUAUAUUGUACAUUAUUUAUGGUGAUGUCACUGCCCUGUGACUUUUUAAAAAAUAUAUAUGUAUAAAAAGAAAACAUAUUUCUUAA